AUGGGAAGUCAUUCAAAACCAGAUGAAAUUCUUAUAUAUGAUAAAGAUGAACUUAUCUUAUACAAUGGUAAUAGUACUUUAAGUGAAAAUUUAUCACGAUUGACUAUAAAAGAUGAUUUUCAAUGUAUUCGUGUUAAUCUAUCUGGUUCACGAUUUGGUCUUGUUAUUAAAAAUAAAAACGAUCAAUUUCGUUUUGUUCUUUAUCCAAUGGAUUUAACACAUAUAUGGUGCAAUUCUAAUUAUUCCUUCACUAUUACGAUUAAAAGAACAUCAAAAUAUUAA